UAAUGAAUCAACCUCCAUAUCCACCUCCUGGUUAUCCAGGAUAAUAAGGUUAACCAAAUUAUCCUCCCCAACCUGGUUAUCCACCACAACCAGGUUAAACGUCAUAACCAAAUUAUCCUCCUUAACCUGGUUAUCCUCCUUAACCAAAUUAUUCCCCCUAACCUGGAUAUCCUCCUUAAGCUGGAUAUCCUCCUUAAACCGGAUACCCUCCAUAAACUGGAUACCCUCCAUAAACAGGAUACCCUCCGUAAACCGGAUACCCUCCAUAACCUGGUUAUUAACCAUAGCCAUAAAUGAGAUGUAAAAUAUUACGUAAUCAUCAUUAGAGGUGUAAUUUGUUGUGAAUGCUUGGGCAUUAUUUAAUAAUUUCCCUGUAACAGUAACAAUAGAUGAUAACCAAUAUGUUGAUACUUUAGUGAGAAAUGCUUGUUCAUAAGCAUUAAUAAAUUAUAAUGCUGUAAGAGGAUUAAAGAUAAAACCAGGUCAAUCUAAAAAUUAAUUCGUAAAGGUUAUUUAUAUAUGCUAUUUUUAGGCUGAAUUGCUUCCUCCAAAUAUUACAAUAGCUUAAGUUGCUAAUUAACAUCAAAGAGGAAAUGAAAAAAUAUAAGUUCAUUUAGAUUUGAUGCCACAAAUAGGGUAGCCAAUUACAGCAUCUCCUAAGGUCACUGGUUUCGAUUAUGCAACAUUAGAUAAUCUAAAGUAGAAUCCAAGAGCCUUUGGAGAAACUGUGUGUGCUAUGUUAAAUAGUGAUGGUGGAAUUUGUUUGAUUGGAUUAGGUUAAGAUAUGAAGAUCAAAGGAUUGUUAGUACCCAAUACAAAACAAGAAAUAUAAUAAACCAUUAUUUCUUUACUAAAGGAUCAUAUAUAUCCUCCUGGAUUUUAAUCAUUAAUUAAAGUAUUUUUAUAAACUAUAAAAAAUAGGCUAAAAUACAUCCAUUAAUAGACUAAAAUGGAAUUAAGUCUUAAUUAUCAGGAAUUGUUGUUUAAGUAGAGAGAUGUCCAAAAACAGAUAUUGCUUUUACUCAUGAUUAUGUAUUUUUCUAUAGAAAGGGGAAUGCCAAUGAGAGAGCUUAUCCACAUGAAAUAACUAAUAUUUUAAGGUAGAAAAAGGGAAAGAAUGCUAAAUAAUUUAUCUUAACAUUUAAUAUAUGA